UUGCCUCACAGUCUAAUAGCUGUUAGUUAUCGUUUAUCUGGCGACGUUCAGUCGUAUAGCCAGGGGUGGGAGAUGACAACAGCCGCCAGUUGGUGUCCACAAAACGAGCAGUCACUAGGUAGAAGCAAAUCCCGGAACUUGAAACGGUAGGAAGCGAGCUAACAUUAGCUAGCUUUUUGUUGACAGUGUGCUUGCUGUCAAACCAGAAACCGACCUAAGCAGAAGUAACUGUAGUUAGCUUCCUGUUUUGGGACUUCAGCCUGCCGCGCUUUUAUUCGGACCGAAUUUCGUUUGAAGUUCCCGUCACUUUUAACCACUUGUGGAUCUAGAAGAUGGCAUCAAGAGGAGGCUUCACGGGUCCUCCGAUGAAUCCGACUAUGAGCCCCAUGAAUGUUGGACAUGCCGCGGGCAUGAGGAUGCCAGGAAUGCCACAGCCUCCGGUGGGAUAUCCCCGAAGCAUGAGCAGCGUUCCCCAGUACCCCCAGCGCCCCGGGAUGCCACCCAGCAGAGUCGGAGGCCCCAUGGGGUCAAUGGGGGGUCAGCUGCCUGGUCCCUCUUAUGGUAGCAGUAGCAUUCCCAUGCGGGCAGGCAUGGGACCCCCAAGCAUGGAUGUCUCAAGGAAACGGUUUCUUCACCAGCAGCACCACCAUCACCAACAACAGCAAGAGGCGCUGGGAGGCCUCAGACGAGGAGCAAAAAGGCGCAAGAUGGCCGACAAGGUUCUGCCACAGAGGAUCCGAGAUCUGGUCCCAGAGUCCCAGGCUUACAUGGACCUCCUGGCCUUUGAGAGGAAGUUGGACCAGACCAUCGCUCGAAAGCGUAUGGAGAUUCAGGAAGCCAUCAAGAAGCCCAUUAUGCAAAAGCGCAAGCUCAGGAUCUACAUUUCCAACACUUACACUCCCAGCAAGCCCGAGGGUGAGGAGGCGGAGAAGGUGUCCUCCUGGGAGCUGCGAGUCGAAGGCAAACUCCUGGAGGAACCUGGCAAGCAGAAGAGGAAGUUUUCAUCUUUCUUCAAAAGCCUGGUGAUUGAGCUUGAUAAGGAGCUCUAUGGGCCUGACAAUCACUUAGUAGAGUGGCACAGAAUGCCCACCACUCAGGAGACAGAUGGUUUCCAGGUCAAAAGGCCAGGAGACGUGAAUGUUAAAUGCACCCUUCUGCUCAUGCUUGACCACCAGCCCCCCCAGUACAAACUGGAUCCACGCUUGGCUCGUCUUCUGGGUGUACACACACAGACACGGGCCAGCAUCAUGCAAGCUCUCUGGCUUUAUAUCAAGAACAACAAGCUGCAGGACAGUCAUGAGAAGGAGUACAUCAAUUGCAACCGCUAUUUCAGACAGAUCUUUGCCUGUCCACGCAUGAGGUUCUCUGAGAUUCCCAUGAAACUGGCAGGCCUGCUGCAGCAUCCUGACCCCAUUAUUAUCAAUCAUGUCAUUAGCGUGGACCCGACAGAUCAGAAGAAGACUGCAUGCUAUGACAUCGAUGUGGAAGUGGACGACCCACUUAAAAGCCAAAUGAACAGCUUCCUGUCCUCUACAACCAACCAGCAAGAAAUCGCUGCCCUCGAGAUAAAGAUUCAUGAAACUAUCGAGUACAUUAACCAGCUGAAGACCGAGAGAGAUUUCAUGCUGAGCUUCAGCAGUAAUCCACAGGAAUUUAUCAAGGACUGGCUGAAGUCUCAGUGCAGGGAUCUGAAGUUGAUGACAGAUGUGACAGGAAACCCAGAAGAGGAGAGGAGGACUGAGUUCUACCAUGAACCCUGGGUGCCAGAGGCAGUGGGCAGAUAUGUUUAUUCGAAAGUGCAGCAGAGAAGACAAGAGCUGGAGCAGGUGUUGGGUAUCCGGCUCACCUAAACAGAAAUUCUAGAGGAGUCACAGCCACCUUAAGUUUACUCAUUGGUUGUUCUGCUCAGCUGAAACUGGAAUUAGCCUGGAAAGAAACCUUUCUCCUUUAAAUGUUCAAAAAGCCAUCGUUAUUCACGCAGAAUUCCGAGACCAAAGUGAUGCUUACGUGUCCUUAAUAAUAUCUUUGCCUUGUAUUGACUGUUAUAUUGAGCCUGUUCACAUAAUCUUUAGCCUUUUUUUUUUUUUGCCAACAUGUUUUGUCUCUGGUACAAAAUGCUGUUUAAGCACUGGUGCUGUUUGGCUGUUUUACUUUGGGUGCCAUUUUGAAAGAAAGAUGUGUUUACUCAUACUUCUAAAAGCCAUAAUCUUUAGAUAGGAGCAGUGUCUGAUUUUCUAAUGAGAACCAGGAGGUAUGGUAAAAUUAAGCAUUUUAUUCCAGUUUGUAUAAUAUGUUUAAUGCUUUUGCACCAUUUUUGAAAUUUGAAAGUUUAAAAUGAUUUUGUAAUUCUUGAAUGUUUACACGCUGUUCUCAUUUGUUUGCGGGGUGUUCCGAUGUUUUAGUGCCGGGAAAGAGGAACAUUUAGAUUGAACGGAUUCAUACCUUCCAAGAAUAUACUGCUAUUAAUAAUUGGCUAGGAAUGCAAAUGCAGUGUGUCAGUUAAACAAAGCACCAACUGUUGUCUACAGUUUAUAGUUUAAUGAGUUAAAGCUUCAUUGAAAUGCUGUUUUGUUGAGUUUUUGUACGAGAAUCUUAAAAUUCUUGAAACAUUCCAUGUUAACAGAGAUUGUUGUGCCAAAAUGUGUAUCGUCAAGAAGGCACAUAGAAUUUAAGAUGAGGUGAAAUGUUGUGUACAAAUGUUAUUUUUGUACAGCUUCUUUGUUAAAUGUUUGCAUGUUGUGUAUCAAUCAAAAGCCUAUAUCUUUUCUACAU